CAAAUGAGAAUACCCUGCGUAACAGUUAAGCCAUUUCUACCUUGAUCAAUGUGAUCAAUACUACCGAGGCGACGCGUUGUGUCUGCGGGAUCGAAGGCAGCUUUACUACCUCAAGUCUGGAUUUAUCCGUGCUUGUUUGGUGUUUGAAAUAAAGUUAGUAGCUACCCGAGUUUCGUACUUCACAGCAGUGACCUGCCUUUAUCCAGGCGAGCAAAUAACCAAACGUGAAACCCUGCUGUUUCCAAUUCACAGAGAUGGAAGACUUGAAAAUAUGGGAACAAUAUACUAUAACGCUGAACAAGGAUUCCAAGGUGGGAUUCGGGAUCGCUGUCUCUGGGGGCUGGGACAAGCCCAACCCAUCGUCCGGAGAUCCGGCAGUCAUCAUUUCGGAUGUGGUGAGGGGAGGGCCGGCCAUGGGGAGGUUACAGACCCUGGAUCACAUCGUCAUGGUGAACGGCGUCUCUAUGGAGAAAGCGACCUCCACCUACGCCAUCCAGCACCUGAAGAACUGUGGCAGGACGGCCAACAUCACGGUGAAGAGGCCUCGGACCAUCCAGGUCCCUGUCUCGGCCCCCCGCGGCGUCUCCCAGAAUUCCUCCCGGUCUGAAGACCUGUCCUUGCGGCGCGAUGCCCCCUCGGAUUUUGACAAGGGCUACCCAGCCCCGCGGAGGGGGUCCCAGGGGGAGAGGGCACCCCGCCCGCCCUCCGAUCUCGACUCGGGCAGCGAGAGGAGCUACGACCGUUCUCCUAGCAACUCCGCCCCCACGAGAUGGAGCCCCGCCCCCGAACGCAAUGGGAACGUCCUGCCGCUGAUGUCAGGAUACAAGAGUCUCCCCAAAUACGAGGACCCCUACAAACCCAUCAAGGCUGUCCUGGUGAAAAAAGACCCCAAAGAAGAAUUCGGUCUGAAGCUAGGCAGUCAGAUCUUCGUGAAGUACAUGACUCCCACGGGACUGGCCUCCCGGGAGGGGACUCUGCAGGAGGGAGACAUCAUCCUGAAGAUCAAUGGGAUAGUAACAGAGAACUUGUCCCUGGAAGACACCAAGCGCCUGGUGGCGAGGUCGGCGAGCAAGCUGAGCAUGACGGUCCUCCGUGACGACAGGCAGUUCCUGGUCUGCAUUCCAGAGCUGCAGGACAGCGAUGUUGCGAGCAAUGCCUCCUCUGAGCUCGAGGAUAUUUCAGAUCUUGAGUCGGAGUUAACCCUGCCUCCACCUCAGAAGAAAGACCUCCAGGACAGCAGGGGGCAGCACAGCGAGAGAAUCCGGGCUGAACCGAUGCAGCCGGACCUCCGUGCAGCACGGUACCCAGACAGGACUGACCACCCAAGAGGGGUCUCCACUGCGGGGCGACAUCCGAAUGGAGACAAUUCAGACCCCGAUUCGGAUCGCACGCCCUCCCCCUCCCCACCCCGAAAAAAAGCUAUCCAGAACAGCAGGGGGCAGCACAGAGAAAGAACCCGGGCUGAACCUGAACAGGCAGCGCGCGCCUCCGACAGUGCCAGCUUGCCAAGAGUGCUGCCAGCUGUGAUGAGGCGCCCUGAUGAAGAGGAUUCGGAUUCGGAUCACACCCAGUCACCACCACAGAAAGACAGCCGAGACAGCAGGGGGCAGCACCGAGACAGAAAACGGCCUACCUCCAAGCAGUCGGAUGUCCGUGAAGCCAGGGACGCUGACAGGGCAAACUUCCCCAGAUGGAAGCGUCCUACCGAAGAUUUGUCUGACCCUGGCUCAGAACCCGCCCCGUCUGAACACACCGCAUCCCUACCCAGGGAAAUACACAGCCAGGACAGCAGGGGGCAGUACAGAGAGAGAAUCCGGCCUCAAUCCGCGCACGACUCCGACAGUGAUAGCCUUCCAAGGGUGCUUCCAGUGCCGCUGAUGAGGCCUCCUCCGGACCAUUCGGAUCUCGAUUCGGAACGCACCCCUUCCCCGCCCCGCAGGGACGACAGCCUGGACAGCAGGGAGAAAUUCAACGGGAGGCUGCCUCCCGCUCCCAAUGGGAAGAUGCUGGCGGGAGUGGAGGUGAAGGAAGCCCCUGCAGUGUACGCUGCGAAGGAAGAUGAGCCAAUCUAUUGCCUGCCCCCAGAAUCCCCUCCAAGACGGAGGGUGGAACCUAGAGAAGAGCCAAACCUGGGGUACAGCUCUGAUCUCAAGCGCAUUGGCUUCGUGAAGGAGGACAGCGUGGGGCUGCGGCUGGCCGGAGGGAAUGACGUGGGCAUCUUUGUGGGAGGGGUGAAGCCGGGCAGCCUGGCCAGCCAGCAGGGCAUCGAGGAGGGAGACCAGAUCCUCAAGGUGAACGAUGUUGAUUUUGGUUCCUUCACUCGUGAAGAGGCAGCCCUGUACCUCCUUCAGAUCCCCAAAGGAGAGCAGGUCAUCAUCCAGGCCCAGAGCAAACUGGACAUUUACCGGAAGAUGCUGCAGUCCAACGUGGGAGACUCCUUCUACAUCCGGACGCACUUCGACCAUGAGGGAGAGGGUCCAGGCACCCUGAGCUUCACGAGGGGGGAUGUCUUCAGAGUGCUGGACACCAUGCACCGCGGCAAGCUGGGCACCUGGAGGGCAGUGCGCAUGAGCAACAUCCUGCAAGAGGCAGACAGGGGCACCAUCCCCAACAAGAGCAGAGCAGAGCAGCUCGCCAGCACGGAGCAGACGCAGAGAAGCAGCGGCAGCAGCAGCAGCACCCCCUCCUCCAGGCUCCGCGCCGAGUUCUGGAAGCUGAGGGGCCUCCGAGGGGCCAAGAAGAGCAACCGCAAGAGCCGGGAAGACCUGUCGCAGCUCACCAUCCAGGGCAAAUUCCCCCCUUACGAGAAGGUGUUCCUGCGGGAAGCGACAUUCAAGCGUCCCAUUGUCAUCUUGGGUCCUCUGAGCGAUGUUGCAAUACAGAAGCUGUCCACAGAAAUGCCUGCAGAGUUCCAGACAGCAUUGAUGGUACCCCGCAAUUCAGAAGAGGGGUCUUCAUCUGUGAUCAAACUGGAGACCGUGAGGCAGAUCUCUGAGCAGGACAGGCACCCCCUGCUGGACAUCACGCCCUCUGCUGUCGAGCGGCUGAACUACAUCCAGUACCACCCCAUGGUGCUGUUCCUGGAUCCGGAGAGCAGGCAGGACGUGAAGGCCAUGCGGCAGCAGCUCUGUCCCCAGUCCAACAAGAGCUCCCGUCGCCUCUACACCCAGGCCAUCAAGAUGAGAAAGUACUGCCCCCACCUCUUCUCUGCGAGGAUCCCGCUCCUGCCCGACUCCAACGUCUGGUUCGAGAUCCUGAAGGACCGCAUCAAGGAGCUGCAGGCACGACCAGUCUGGUUCUCCGAGGACAAGGCUGAGAGCGGAGAGGAGGAGGAGGAUCUCGAUGCUCUGAGUCGCUCGCGCUCCACAGACUACCUGAGCUGUGACAGCCGAGCCACCAGCGACUACGAGGACACGGACGGAGAGGCGUGCACCGACAACGAGCUGGACGAGGCCUUCGAGGGGCCAGCCCUGGGGCGCUCCUCCGAGCCGGCCCUCCCUCACAACUCGGAGCCGGCGCUGGCCCGGUCCUCGGAGCCUGCCUGGGAGGAGGAAGACAGCUCCCACAAACCCUACAGGACCCACAGCUACAGCGCCGAGCCUCGGGUCUGGGUCAGUGCCCCAGGAGCAGAUCGACUGACCCCAGAGCUGGAAAGCGCUCCCCCAGAUCUCCGAGAGGUCCCCGAUCAUCGAGGGGUUCCCGACCAUCCAAAACAGCCCAGCUUCUCACAACCUCAGGGACAGCAACAGAGACUUUUCGGGGGGGCUAUAGACCACCAGGCGGUGCUGUGGAGGCGGCCUCAGAUCAGAGGCAGCAUGAGCUCCGAGGAGGAGGAGGAGGAUAAAGACUUUGACUGGGGCCCGGCCACAGACCUCUAGGACCUUUUUAUACAACUCCUACCACUCACAGAGAGAGAGAGGGAGUGGUAAACAUUAGCACAAUCUCCUUCCAUUGGGAUGCUAUUUGACGAUGGCUUUAUGAGAGCAUUCGAAUAAGUUGUGAAGAGGAUAAGCGUUUUACAAAACUCUGUUUCUCCUUCCGACUCACACUCCCAGUUGUGGAUCAUUCUUUGCCUGCCAGCAUUGCAUUUUAAGUGAUGAGACUUCUUCACCCCACCAGACUUCAACCAAAACGAGGUUUGCUGAACUGGGGUUAUAAAAAAAAGUUAAAACUGGACUGGAAUGGUCCACUAAGACCUAAAGACUGAAGCAAACCCUUGCAAUCCAAUAACUAGAAAACAAAACCAUGCCAUCCAAUUAUCAAAUGCACAGGUGAGGUACUAUUAGUGUAAACCUAUUCUCUGCAAUUGCAGCAGACGCUUGGCAGAUUUCUAAAUUCGGUUUACAGUCGUGGCAAGGCAUUUUGGGAGGACGGUUCAAGAUUCAUAGUGCCUCCUGUACACAUGCCUCUAAACGGCCAUCCGGGACUUGAAAGGAGGAUUAAAAACUCUACUGCUGCCCUUUUAAAAGGGAGCUGCAUGUUUGGAAAUGCAGUGCACGGUAGCUAUGGACAGAUCUCUAAAGGAGGACAAGGAAAGAAGCUGCUUGCCAGCGCCCAGGACGCAUAAUGUGCCUUCCUACCUCUUCUGCUCUGAAUCAUCCUCUGAUUGCACACCUUGGCUGUGUGUAUUCAUAUCUGGGCUAUUUAAUAGGACAUCUGUUUAGCCUUUGGCACAGCAGUCAAUCAAAUUGCUUUUUAAAUGCAUGCGAGUCGUGCCUCCAGAUGUAUCGGAUGAUGUCGCUGCCAAGCUCAGUUUUAAUGCUCAUGUCUUGACUCCAGAUUGUAUAAUGUUUGUUCGUUUCCUAACCCAGUUCGUAUUAAAGUGGGUGUUUUUCCCAUUGGAGAAAAAAGCCUUGCGUCACGUGGCUUGAUGUUUCUCAUUUCCAUGUUAAUGUCAUGCAUUUAAAAAAAAAACUGUUUUUAAACAUACGCUGGUAUAUGCUUUUAUAAUAAAUACUCCAGAUUCAUUUUUAA